CUAUUCCCGUGAAAACGAAAUCUCGCACAAGUUGCGCAUGUCGUCACGCGGUUGUAUUGCAAUUGCACUAUAAUCGUUGAAUGAAUUCAUUCAACGCUAUAAUAUUUAUUGUACGCGCGUAUACGAAUGAAUUUGCGCUAAUCAUUUCGGUAUUACAUUUCAUGACGUGUAAAUACAAUUAAUUACUUCAAUACAAUACAAUGGCUCAUUGUGCUGUGUACGGUUGCAAGAACAACAGUAGAAAAACUAAAGACAUAAGUUAUUAUAGAUUUCCUAAACGAGAUGAUAUUAAAAGUCAAUGGAUAAAUAGCUGCAGCAGAAGAGACGAUAAAAUAAAUACAUCAUCAGCUAGAAUAUGUUCAAUUCAUUUUGAUCAAGAUGAUUUUCAUAUGUCUCUUCGACAUAAGCUAAUGAAUUAUUUACCCUCAAACGUUCGCAGAUUAAAGGAAAAUGCGAUACCAACAAAGCAUUUAUACAAACAAACACGAACUGAAAGUAAGUCUAAUUUGGAAAGAAAUUUACGGGCAAAAAAAAGAGAACAAAAGCAAGUAGUAAGCGACCUACUACAAGAAAUUUCCGGCAACUCUGAAGAAGUUCCGCAACAAACGGAUAAUUUGAGCACGGUUUGUGUAAGCUCUGAUCGAAACGACAGUGUCGUACUAGAUCUGAAAAAGCAAAUAGCUCAAUUAAAGGAAAGUAAUUUGCAACUAAUUUUACAAAAUACGGAAUUGUCGCAAGAAAACAAUUUGUUGACAAAUAAACUGGAGAAAACGACUAAAAACUUAGAAGAAGCAAUGAAGACGCAUUGAAUUACACCUGGCCAAAUAAAAUUACUUAUGAAUAAAACCACACGUGUUUGUUGGUCUGCUGAAUAUAUUUCUGCAGCAAUUUCUUUACGAAGCGUUAGUCCAAAGGCUUAUAGGUACCUAUGACAAAAAUUACAUUAUCCUCUUCCUGCUUUGUCAACGUUACGAAAAUGGGCUUCUAAGUUCACAAUAUCCGAAGGUUUAUAUUAUCAGCGUUAGAUAAAAUGCAAGAAACGAACUCUCAAAAUACAGGCAUGAAUGAUAUCGAAAAGCUGCUCAUGCUGUGUCUAACAUAUCUACUAUGCCGAACCACAGAAUACAAUACACAUGAUCAUACAGUGUUGCCACACACGGUGCGACUCGAGUAGCGGAGGCAUGUUUAGAGGAAAAGUUGUACAAUGUAAACUCCAACAAUCAGAAGUACUAAGAUUAAUGAAGUUUAUUAGCAAGCAUGGCGGCGAAUGAAGUGCAUAGUUCUGACAGCGGUCCGAAAAAGUGUCGUAUUUGUCGUAACAACGCUGUUACAAAAAAAGUUACAUGCAAAAUAUGCGAGAAUAUUUUCCACGAUAGUUGCGCCAAAAAAGCAGAAGUCGUUUGGUUAGAUAAUGGCGAAGUUUUGUGUAAAGAGUGCGUGAACGAAGAUAACAAAGUGACUGAAUCUAGUAAGUCCUGCAAUGACACUACUACAAUAAAACUGUUAUAUCAGCUUAUAAUUGCAAAGGACAUCAUCAUCAAGUCGAAAGACGAAUUAAUUGCGUCAUUGAAUCAACAAAUCGGCCUGCUGCAAAUUCAAAAUGUGUCCUCAAACAAAAUUAUCACGGAAGGUCACGGUCUAACCUCUACACGGAAAAGUGAUAAACGUAAAACGGACACGCCGUUAACUGAACCUAAACGUUUGGAUAAAACGGAAAACGACCCUGUGUCAGGCCAACCAACAACUAAUCAACAAAGCUAUGCAAAGGUGCUAUCUGAUGCUAGAGAUCAUUUUUCGGUUAGAUAUGCGGACGUGCGAACAUGUUGUAAUACGCUCUUCCGAAAUCAUUAAAUAUUCUAAUUUGGAACAAGUAUAAGUAUCUGUUGAUCAUUAAAAUGUUUUCAAAGCCGGUUGUAAAUCGUGGUAUUGUGUGUGGCUGUUGUGAUUACAAAAUUGGAAGAUACGACGAGUCGAUUGAAUGUGCAAAAUGUGCGAAGACUUAUCAUAUCAAUUGUGUCGACUUAAGUAUUGAAAGAGUACAUGAAUUAGUAAGUUCUAACGAGAUUAAAAUUUGGGAAUGCCAUUUCUGCAUCGAUGGAUCCUCUCCACCUUCUACGUGUGCCCCGGAGACUGCUGUUCAACAGGUGACGCUCGAUCAUAUUUACGCACUUAUGAUUACAAUUAAAGACAACCAGGAUUCCUUUUCUAAAUCACUAGAUGCCUGCCACGACAAAAUUGAUGAUAACUCAAAAAUGUUACAACUGCAGGAUAAAAAGAUUCAAGACUGCUUAAAUAAAAUUGAAGCGCUAGAAGCCAAUAACAAAAAUCUGUUGAAGGAGAAUAAUGAGUUAAAGUUGAGGGUCAACGACUUGGAACAAUAUUCUCGUCAAAAUUGCAUCGAAAUAGCUGGUGUUCCAGAACUGAAGGAAGAAAACGUGCUUAAUACGGUAACUGCAGUUGGCCACGCCAUAGGUUUUACGCUGGAUAAAACUAGGGUGGAUGCAUGUCAUCGGCUGAGGAAAAACGGAAACAAACCCAAUGAACCGCGAGGCAUUAUUAUAAAAUUCGUUAGUAGGCUGGAUAAAGAGGACAUGAUGGCCCAUAAGCGAGUUAAACGUAAUAUGUGUGUGCGCGACUUAGGUGAGUUAUAUUCUAGACUUCCCAAUGUAAAUCCAGACUCUAGUAUAUUUAUCAAUGACUCACUAACGCGAUAUACCUAAUCGUAUUUUAUUUGCUCAAGCUAGAGCUCACGCUAAAGAGCACAAGAUUAAAUUCGUAUGGACCCGAAACGGUCAAAUAGCUAUGCGCAAGCAAGAUAACUCCAAAGUGUUUAUUAUAAAAUCUACAAAUGACUUUCAAGAUGUUCAUUGACACUACCGUUUCCAUGUCUGUUUCCUAUUUAGUGCUCACAAAUUUUGAGUUGUAUAGAAUUAUAUUCUUAUUUAUGUUUAUUUUCAUUUGGAUAGCUUGUAUUUCUUUUAGGCCAUGUAUUUGACCUGGCAGAAUAUUGAUUAUUUAUCAUCUUUCUUUUUUGUUUGAAAUGAAUGGUAAAAAACAUUUAAACAUUUAUUACCAAAAUGUCAGGGGAUUAAAAUCGAAAUUAACUCAAAUUUAUAUGAAUGUACUGUCAAAUUCUUAUGACAUAAUAAUCUUAACAGAAACUUGGUUAAAUAAUAGUAUCCUCUCCAAUGAACUAUUCGAUGAUAGGUACUUAGUAUUUCGUAAAGAUCGUGAUAAAGUCACUACCCAUCUUAAAGAUGGCGGAGGUGUCCUAAUAGCAAUUGAUAAAAGAUGGCACGCUGAAGCAAUUAAUUUUGAAUUUGUGGAAGCAUUGUUAAUCAAAGUGGGGAGCAGUCCAAAGUAUCGAAUGCAUAUCUGUGUUGUUUACUUUCGGCCUAACACAAAAAUUAAUGCGUACAACGACUUCUACAACCUUUUUGAUACUUUGCCUGAUUGUAUCAAAAACAACCUGUUAGUUAUAGGAGAUUUCAAUCUUAAAAUAUGUGGAUCUGGAUAUAAGUUAUUAACUGGGGAUAACUUAUGCAUACAAUUACACAAUUUUAUAAAUUUAAAUAAUUUACAAAGCAGAAAUAACAUUCUAAACAGCUAUGGUAAAACCUUAGACUUAGUUCUUACAAAUAUUGCUGAAUUAUCCGUCAGCUGCGCUCAUCCAUCUGAUUUAUUAGUAGGUUUAGAUCAUUACCAUCCUGCUCUUUUGUUGUAUGGUGAUCUGAUUAUUCCACUCAACAGAACACAACUGUUGCCUGACCGUAUGUACAAUUUUGCCAAAGCAGACUUCUUAAGCAUUUAUUAUGCAUUAAGAUAUACUGACUGGUCUAAUUUAAGUGUCGCUGUUGAUGUCAACGAUUCGGUUAAUGUUUUCUAUGACCUUCUGUACAAAAUAUUGGACAAAUUCUGCCCCAAGAAAAGAGUUAGGAGUGGUUCAUCCUAUCCAGUCUGGUUUUCGACAAAUAUAGUGGCAUCUAUUAGGCUUAAACAUAAGCUGCAUAAAAAAUACAAAAGACUACGUUCACUAAAUGAUCCAUGUGCAUCGGAUAGUUAUGUGCAGUUCUGUAAUUUACGUUCAUCAGUAAAAAAGGAUAUAUCCUCAGCAUACAGGCAAUAUCUUAUUGGCAUUGAAAAUGAAAUUGGGCGUGACCCUAAUCGCUUUUGGUCCUACGUGAAGCACUGCAGGAGGCAAACUUCCCAGGUGUAUGAAGUUGAGUUUAAUGGUGUUGUUGCGUCAACGGGUUCUGAAAUAUCAAAUAAUUUUGCUAACUUUUUUGAGUCUGUUUACCUGCCAUCUCCAUCAAACAAGGAUUAUUAUGACAGCCUUCAUAAUAACAGUAACCUAGUACACACUGAUGUGAUUACGUUGAAGGAAGUUGACCAGGGCACAGUCCUAAAAGCUAUGAAAGAAUUGAAAUCUAAAAAAUCAAUGGGUCCUGAUCUCAUUCCACAGUAUUUUUUCAAAGGACACUCAGAACUGUUGAGUAAACCACUGUGUAUCAUAAUUAACAAAUGCCUUAAGUCCAAUUCCUUUCCUGAUGUAUCGAAGACCACCAAGGUAACGCCUAUAUUUAAGAAAGGGAAUAGAAAUUCCGCGUGUAAUUAUAGGCCGAUUUCUAUACUUUCAACACCUGCGAAAAUUUUUGAAAUUGUCUUGAGAAAAGAGGUUUUCUCACAUGCGUUGCGACAUAUCUCCGAUAGCCAACAUGGAUUCAUCUCGGGUAGAUCUACUGUCACCAACUUGGUCAACUUCACGCAAUUUGUUUCCAGCAGUAUGAACCAAGGUAUUAGCGUUGACACCAUCUUCACGGAUCUGGCGAAGGCCUUUGAUAGAUGUGACCAUUCUAUCAUUAUAUCUAAGUUAAAAUAUUAUGGCUUAUCUUUGGAUUUGCUACACCUCUUCAAAUCCUAUUUUACAAAUCGGAGUCAAUACGUGUGGUUCCAGGGAUUUACAUCUAGGCAGUAUAUCGCCACGUCGGGAGUCCCACAGGGCUCUGUGUUGGGUCCCGUUAUCUUCAAUCUAUUAAUAAAUGAUGUCGUUAACGUGGUAAAGAAUUCCAAUAUUCUGUUAUAUGCAGAUGAUUUAAAGUUAUUUAAAGCCAUUGCUGACGUAAAUGAUUGUCGAGAGCUACAAAAUGAUUUAGAUGCUGUAAAUGUUUGGUUGGAGCAUAAUAAAUUGUCUUUCAACGUUUCCAAAUGCUCAGUUCUUACCUUCACAAAAAAGAUAGCUCCUAUAACGUAUGAAUAUUCCAUGAACGGGGAAGAGCUACGACGCAUUUUGGAAAUAAAGGACUUAGGUGUAAUACUGGACCACAGGUUAACUUUCUCUGCACACGUAGAAAACAGUGUAGGCAAAGCAUACCGAAACUUAGGAUUUAUCUUAAGGCAAGCUGCCAACUUUUCUAAAGAACACACUUUAAAGUCUUUAUUUUCUGCCAUUGUUAGACCACACUUGGAUUAUGCAUGUAUUGUCUGGAAGCCUCAUUCCUUCACCCAUAGGAACAGCCUAGAAAAGGUACAAAAGAAGUUUCUAAGGUAUCUCAACUAUAAACGUAGCGGACAAUACUCAUAUCUCAUACCUUACGCUGAACUGCUGUCAUCCUUUAAUAUGGAAUGUGUUAAAAAGAGGCAUGAACUUUCCCAAUUGAAUUAUUUGCACAAGUUACUCCAUGGGAAUAUUGCUAACCCCGAAAAUCUGGCGCAAAUUAAUUUUCAUGUUUCACCUUUUCUUCGUCGUACCCAUACACUGUUUUAUAUACCUUACUUACGCACAAACUUACUUAUUUUUUCGCCAUUGAUAGAUAUGCAGCGACUAUACAAUCAAAUCUGUACCUUGUCUGGCAAGGUUGACAUUUUUCGUUAUAAUCUCUCAACGUUUAUAUCACAUUGUAAGUCACUUCUUUAAACAUAAAACUUCAUUGCGUCUUACCAUGCCCAUACCUCCAUGCACUUCUUCGUCAUUUAUGCUAUUCAUACACACACAUUCACAAACUUGUACUAAAUUUUUACAAUUAUUUUUGUUUAUUUAAUAUUAAAUUGAGUUAGAAUAUUUAUUCUCUGUUUUUCAUAUACUUGUUCUGUUUACUUAUAUUCACUUCAUGUUUGUUCGUCUUAAUGUUAUUGUUUAAACUGCUUUACUGUAAUUGGGUACAUGUAACCUGUUGUAAAGCAUGUAAAUAAAUAAAUAAAUAAAUAGAGAUCAACGUCCCUCCACCUCAAAAAAUUCAGGCAAGGGGUCCAAAACCAUCAACUAUAAACAGGCAAGGGAAGCAAAAUCCGACAACAAGGAUACUCAAGACGCCAAAAUGAGUUGAGUAACAAGGAGGAUGAUUGGAGGUCUGUCACCCCAAAAAAGCGUAGCUACAAAAACAAUAAAGUUAUCAUCACUGGAGAGGCGCAUGUAAAUGAACUUCAGACCGCCCCUAGGAAGUCAUACCUCUUCGUCUCAAGGAUGCACCCUAACACGACUCCUCAGCAAGUGGUGAAUCAUCUAAAGCCUAACUUUUCAGAAGUAGAAUGUGAGGAAAUUACUACCGCAUCGUCUGAGUACUACAAAUCAUUUAAAGUAACAGUCUACUUAAAAAACAAUGCAUCGGCACUCGAUCCAAAGAUAUGGCCCUACGGAGCAACCGUAACACGGUUUUUUCACAGGAGAAGGACACAAACAGAAGUAUCUUAGUAUCACCUGUGUUGCAUGUAAACAGAUUUAAAAUUUUUCAUUUAAACAUCCGUUCCUUGUUUAAUAAAAUUUCGUAUGUUGAGUUACUAUGUGACAUUUAUGAUUAUUCUGUUCUUUGUUUUAGCGAACCAUGGCUAAAUGAAGAUCAAGCAAGUUGUGUAAGAAUAAACGACUACACUUUACUAUCAAGCUACUAUAGGGAACUCAAAAAAGGUGGAGGUAGUGCCAUCUUUGUUAAAAAUAGCAUAUUGAACGUAAGUAAAGCGCUCAAUUUUGUUAGUAAACUCUCGAUUGAAGAUAUUUUUGAAUGCAGUGGAAUUUCUAUUAACAAUAACGCGUGUGUCAUAGCUAUGUAUCGCCCGUGCAAUAGAGAUGUCAGUAAAAUUAGAACAUUCUUUAAUCAAUUUGAUAUAUUGUUAACUAAAUUGCAGAAAAGGUUUAGUUAUAUUUAUAUUUGCGGGGAUUUGAACAUAAACCAGUUGUAUAAGGAUAAUACAUUGGAAGCACUUACUGAUCUACUUAAUACACAUAAGUUAAAAUCUGUCAUUAAGGAAAUCACAAGAAUUCAACAACUACCUCAAGUUUCUCAUGUCAGCCAGUCCGCAAUAGACUACAUUAUUACCAAUAGUGAUGAAACCAUCGAAGAUCGUUCUAAUUUCAAUGUAGGAUUUUCUGAUCAUUUUGCACAAUGCAUCACAAUAAAUCUUACAACGCAUGGUCUUCAAAAUAAAGCUAGUAGUAGUGAUAGAAUUAUAAGACGUGAGUUCUCCAAUGCAAAUAUUAAUGAAUUUUUAUACCUACUUGGCAUUUACAACAUAAAUUAUUACGAAACAAUUAUCGAUGCGAACAAGCGAUUUAAUACCUUUUACGACCAUUUUACAUGGUGCUUUGAUAUUGCAUUUCCUAAAAAAUGUACAACUAAAAACAGAGUGCCUCCCAAAAAUAAAAUAAAAUUUUCCUUAGAACUACAACAAAAAUACAAUAAAUAUAAAAAUCUUAUGGCAAUUAACGAUUGUAUUAACGAUGACAGACUCAAAAAACAGUUAAAAAUGGAACGUAAGUCAUUGCUUAAGGAAAUAAAUCUGGAAAAGGGCAACUACGUUGCAAACCUUAUUAAUAAAUCAGAAAAUAAAUCCAAAGCCUUGUGGAAUUUGAUUAAACCGCCAUCGUCGAGCAAGCAUAUCCCUAAUAUAUCCCUAACUGCCAACCACUUUGCCCAAUACUUUGAGCACUCAAUCACCCCCAAGCAAUGUUCGGCAACAACAAGUAAGAAACCUAGGGGUUCUCAUUAUAAUAAUACGUUUUUCUUCUAUCCCAGCACCUCCAGCGAAGUUUACAAUAUCAUACACUCAUUAAAGAAUAAGAAAUCUACGGGUAUUGAUGAAAUCCCAAAUGAGUUGUUGAAGGCUUGUUCAAAUGUCAUUUCUCCCGUAUUAUCUGGAAUAAUUAACCAUUGCGUAACCCAGGGUUGUUUUCCCGACAAGUUAAAAACAUCUUGUGUUAUACCUAUUCAUAAAAAGGGUUCAAUACAAGAUGCCUCAAACUACAGGGCAAUUUCUCUGCUGAGUGCGUUCUCAAAAGUUUUUGAAAAAUGUCUCUGCUCAAGGAUAUCAUCCUUUCUCGAGAAACACAACAUUUUAUCCAACAGACAAUUUGGUUUUCGCUCCGGAAAAUCCACGGAAAUGGCAAGCGCACAACUAAUGCAACAUAUACACAAUGAAUUAGAUCUCAACAAA